GAGGUAUACGAUGUCGUUUCUCUGAAACGGAGAGGAAGACUCGAGCAGGGAAGACAAAACAAACUGGUUGCAGUCUCCAUUUCCGAACUCGUCUUCGUCUUUCAAUAUGGCAGAGCUGGCUGCUCGGAAACAUGUUCAAUUCAUUCUAUCGAAAGCAAAGGAAAAGGAUUCUUAUGAAUCAGUUCUGAUGGAGCAUAUAAGAUUGAAUGGGGCAUAUUGGGGUUUGACCACUCUUGAUCUUCUUGGAAAGCUUGAUACUGUCGAUGUCAAUGAAGUUGUUUCAGAGGUCCUCCAGUGCCAGCAUGAAUCAGGUGGUUUUGGUGGUAACAUUGGACAUGACCCACACAUACUUUAUACCUUAAGUGCCGUGCAGGUUUUGGCCUUAUUUGACAAGGUUGAUGUUUUGGAUACCGAAAAGGUUGCAAAUUAUGUAGCCGGGCUGCAAAAUGAAGAUGGCUCUUUUUCAGGGGACAUGUGGGGUGAAGUUGAUACGCGGUUUUCGUAUAUUGCUAUCUGUUGUCUAGCAUUACUACAUCAUUUGGAUAAAAUUAAUGUGGAGAAGGCUGUAUACUACAUAUUAAGUUGUAAAAAUCACGAUGGCGGAUUUGGAUGCACGCCUGGUGGAGAGUCUCAUGCAGGUCAAAUUUUUUGUUGUGUGGGUGCUCUAGCUAUCACGGGGUCUCUACAUUGUAUUGACAAGGACCUUCUUGGAUGGUGGUUAUGUGAGCGGCAAGUGAAAGCAGGAGGUCUUAAUGGUCGUCCUGAGAAGCUUCCUGAUGUGUGCUACUCAUGGUGGGUUCUAUCUAGUUUGAUCAUGAUUGAUAGAGUUCAUUGGAUCAAUAAGGAAAAGCUUGCCAAGUUCAUUUUAGAUUGUCAGGUUUUACACAACCUAUUUGACAUUGAAAAUGGAGGAAUUUCAGACAGACCAGAUGAUGCAUGUGAUGCCUAUCAUACAUACUUUGGUGUAGCAGGGCUUUCCCUCCUUGAGUAUCCAGGGGUGAAACCCAUAGAUCCAGCUUAUGCUUUGCCAGUUGAUGUUGUAAAUAGGAUUAUCUUAGGCAUAAAGGAGUAGAACUCUUGUAAGAACUCUAAUUUGCAUUUCUUGCAAUUGAAGGCCUUUAUCUCUAAUAUAUUUUUAAACUCUUGACAGCUCGAGACAUAGUUAGCACACUCGAGAUAUAGUAAUUCACUUUGGUGCGGGAUUAUGUAAUUUCUGGAUAUCCAACUUGUUUAAAUAGAGAUGAGGAGCCAUUCAGUUAUGAAUUACUGCAA